AUGGCCGAACGUAACCAGGGAACAAACGCGCCAUGCAACCGCAACGGGGAUUUUAACCUGUCAGUGGGAGACUACCGUCCCCACCGGGGGACCGUGGCAGAUGUGGUCCAGCUGAUCCUGGACCAGGCGGCACUAAAUUUGCUGAACGCGCGCCGGCUCGCCGGGCGGUCCUCGGGUAUCCCCACGUGGGAAAACCUCAUGGCUGUGUGGCGGCGUCAUGGGAGGACCCAGGCAAGGGCGGAGAGGGGCACCCAAACAUCACCAACGACCACGCCCAUAGCGGAGAUCCCGAAACCGUCUGUGCGGACUCCGGAGGCGACAACAGCUGAUGGACGAGCACUGGCCAAGUGGGCCGUAGAGGCGACCCACCAAGAGCUGAUGGCACAUCCUCUGAUUCAGAUUGCCCUGGACGGGGGAGUGGUGAGACCUCCGCCAGUAAGGCACCCGGAACCCCGACGACUGGCGAGGAAGACGCCGACUGUCGACACCGGCAACACCAGAGUCGUGAGGACGAAGGCCGACCUAAAGCAGAGCGGGACGCUACGCGAGGAACCAAAGGUGGCCGACCUGAUGAAUCUGGACACGGACGAGGAAGAGUUCCUCCAACUCCAGGUAAGCGCCCAGGAGCUGCCGGACGUAGACAUGCUGUCGGAACUACCGGCCAGCGACGACGACGGACUGUGA